CAGCCCUGACUCCUGGGUUCCGGGUCCCGUUCCCCAGAGAGGUAAGUGCGCUGCAGGUGGGCGUGGGGUGCGGGGCUGUCGGGGACGCUGCCGUGGCAGGCGCCUGCCGCGGCUCGCACCUGACCACGAAGUUGAGCCUCGCGGCGCAGUGCCGCAGCUUCGCGAAGCCUGGGCCAGCUGGGGCGCGGAGCCGGAGCGGAGCACCCUCGGAGGCCGGAGCAGCUGGGCCUGCGGAGCCUCCCUCCGUCUACCUCGCUCGCGAGCAGGAGGCUUUCGCUGACUCCCAGCCCACGGCGUCGCCGUGACCCCCUAGGCUCACCCUGUAGCUCCUGGCGAGAUGCUCCAGGUUGGUCUAAGCAAGAUGCGGGAGAGUUGGUGCGGGCUAACUGUAUGACAACUGGAACUUUUCCUAGGGGUUCCUGGCAGCCUGUUAGGUCGUAUUGCGCAUUUCCUCUGAGACCUCGUGUGCUUAUCGCUGAAAUAAAAGCAGUAUUUCCCCCGAUUUCCUUUUAGGACGUUAUGGCUUUUCUGCUUUGCAAGACAGUUCAAGAAAUUGGCGGAAAGACAAACUCUUCCCACUCCCAAGGACUGUGUUGUCUUUAGGUGUUUGGGGUCAGGGCUAGCGAAUCAGAAGGCCCUGUCUUCAUCGUGUCCUCUCCAACAUCCUCAGAGGAGCUUCCUUUCUAGCAUCUUUCUAGCAUUUUCCAGGGCCAUGAUCCCGAAGGUUUGAGUUGUUUACAAGGAAAGAGAAGCUGUCUCCUGAGCCCCAAAAUGGCGGCUAAGAUGGAGAUAACUUUGAGCUCGCAGUCCCACAUUCAGGCUUCCUCCAAGCAAGAGAGACACAUAAUAACAAAGCUAGAAGAGAAACGGGGGCCUGCUCUUCAAAAAGACUGCCCUGAUCCUGAGCUGUCUCGCCAGAGCUUUAGACGGUUUUGUUAUCAAGAGGUGUCUGGACCCCAAGAGGCACUCUCCCAGCUUCGACAGCUCUGCCAUCAGUGGCUGCAGCCCGAGGUGCACACCAAGGAGCAGAUUUUGGAGCUGCUGGUGCUGGAACAGUUUCUGAACAUCCUCCCUCCGGAGAUCCAGGCUCGGGUCAGGCAUCAAUGUCCAAUGAGCAGCAAGGAGAUUGUGACCCUGGUAGAAGAUUUUCACAGAGCAGCCAAGAGACCAAAGCAGUGGGUGGCCGUUUGUAUGCAGGGGCAGAAGGUGCUCCUGGAGAAAACUGGAUCUCAGCUUGGAGAACAGGAACUGCCAAACUUUCAACUGCAAACUCCUAGGAGAUAUCCCAGAGAGAGCUCACUGGAGGAGCCUUCACAGGCAGGAUCUCAGGACCAGCUGAGCCCUGAUCAUUGGGAAAAAUCCCCACUCCUUCGGGAACCAACCCCCAAAUUGGUUGGAACAGAGGCCACCAGAAUGAAAAGUGACAACAAGGAAAACCCGCAACAGGAGGGGGCUAAAGGAGCAAAGCCCUGUGCAUUGUCAGCUGGCAGAGCCAAAGGGAAUGGUCUCCAGAGUCCUGAACCGAGAGGGACGAAUAUGAAUGAACCCCGCUUGUCACGGAGGCAGGUCAGCCCUCCAAAUGCCCAAAAGCCGUUUGCUCACUACCAGAGACAUUGCAGGGAACUGGAAUACAUCAGUAGCCCCCUAAAGAGCCACACACUGAGAGAGCUGAGGAAAGGCAAAGGAAGUAAAAGAAGUCUGAGCAGUCAUGUGCAACGUCUUGGCCACCAGCUGACCCGCUCAGUAAGGAAACCUUACAAAUGUGAUGACUGUGGGAAAAGCUUCACAUGGAAUUCAGAGCUGAAAAGACACAAGCGAGUCCACACGGGGGAGAGACCCUACACGUGCGGCGAGUGUGGAAACUGCUUUGGGCGGCAGUCAACCCUGAAACUGCACCAGAGGAUCCACACUGGAGAGAAACCGUACCAGUGUGGCCAGUGUGGGAAAAGCUUUCGCCAGAGCUCAAACCUUCACCAGCAUCACAGACUCCACCACGGGGAGUGAAAGCAGAGCUUCGUGCUUUCUGUUCAGAAGGAAGGCGUUUGUAUUUCUCCUUCCCCUUACUUGCAUGUAAAUCACAAAGACUGCCUGCGUGACCUACAAGGAAAGCAAGCAGUCCGUGAGGAAUGAUGGUAGACAUUUGGCUGGUGAGGGGUCCCAGAAGAAGCUGACCAAGGACCUGACCAUGCACAGUGACAGGGUGAAGAGAUCCAGGUCUGGGUGUUGGGUCACAGAGAACCCAGGGUCUCAGUUGGAGAGUGGGGUGUAACUACUGAGGGAGAAUCAGGACGAUCCUGCCGGUGCCCCACCUUGAUGUUAAAUCUUCCCUCUGCUGCUUUAUUUAUCCUCUAAAUGUGUUCUGGGGUAAAUUCUAUAGUUAUGCAUUGGCUGUCAUACCAGAUAAUCUUUAUCUCACACACACUUCUUUAAUAAAGAUGAGUGAUCCACAAGAAUUUCAA